CUCGCGAAGGCAAGGUUAUUUUCCAGUGAUACGUCCUGGAGGCGCCCGUCGUCUUCGCCGGUACAACCAUAACGCCGCCCGCUUUAAAACGACCGAGACGGGACACGGUGGACUCAUCACCGCCACCCGCUCGUACCGCAGCCCCCGGCAAUCCCGGACCGUCCGGCAAACUCGCCUGCAUCAUGGACGCGCCGCUGUCGCAGAGUAUGGACUCCGUCAACACGGUGGCCACCGGCGAAGACGAGGUGCGCACCUUGUUCGUGAGCGGCUUGCCGAUGGACACCAAGCCGAGGGAGCUCUAUCUGCUCUUCAGAGCGUACGAGGGGUACGAGGGAUCGCUGUUAAAAGUCACGAGUAAAAAUGGGAAAACAGCGUCGCCGGUGGGAUUCGUGACUUUUCACACGAGGGCAGGCGCGGAGGCGGCGAAGCAGGAUCUGCAGCAGGGGGUUAGAUUCGAUCCUGAUAUGCCACAAACCAUACGUUUGGAAUUUGCAAAAAGUAACACAAAGGUUAGCAAACCCAAGCAACCAGCCGCUGCAGCAGCCACCUCGCACCCCGCUCUGAUGCACCCUUUAACGGGACACCUAGGGAGCCCGUUCUUCCCCGGCGGUCCUGAGUUGUGGCAUCAUCCACUGGCGUGGAACUCUACGGCUGGCGAAUUACCGGGCACGCUGCAACAUGCGACGCUGGUGCAUCCGGCGUUACAUCCUCAGGUCCCCGCGCCUAUGUCCCUGCCGCAUCCUACAACGCUGACGUCGAUACACGCGUCGCUGCCUCAUUUUCUACCGUCGCCAGCACUAGCGUCACCGGUCGGGUCACCCUCGUCACAGCCGAACAUAGCCGUCAGCAAUGCGCAGUGCUCCACCCUCUUCGUGGCGAACCUGGGCCAAUUCGUGUCCGAGCACGAGCUUAAGGACAUCUUCAGCAGUUUUCCUGGUUUCUCCCGGCUUCGUAUGCACACGAAGGGAGGGUCGCCAGUGGCCUUUGUCGAAUACCAAGACGUUCGCUACGCGGCCCAGGCGAUGGCCACUCUCCAAGGAUCCUUUCUCCUCUCCUCCGACCGGGGAGCGAUACGAAUCGAAUAUGCAAAGUCAAAAAUGGCCGAGGUGGGCUUUACAAAUCUCUGGAUCGAAGGAUCAAAGAGACAAGAAAACGGCCAACCUUAAGAUCGAUAUCAACGGCAUGUAAAACGGCAAGAGAAUCGACCGGGAACCGAGGAGACGGGCAGGACGCGCUCUCGUCGGACAGGAUAUCUACCGGAAAAUGAGACAUGAGGGAAGAGGCCAUGCAGGAAGCCGCGCACUCGCGAGAAGUCGAGGAUUCGUCGGCGGGAGCUCGAAAGAAGGUCGAGAGAGGAGCGGAACGCAAGAGGAGAGCACGUAGAGAAAAAGAGAGAGACACAUAUAUACACACGAACACACACAAGAAAAAAAAGAGGAAAAAGAAACAGACACGCAAGAAAUUGCGUGCGCGAGUGGAAGGGCGGGAAAUCUCGAUCACCUUUCCGCUCGCAAGGAACACACAGCGGUAGGCAAAUUCUUGUAAAUUCUAUACGACGUUGCAGAAAGCGGAGGCGUGUUGGUUCGCGCGACUCCAGCGGGGGGCCCAAUGUAAUCACGUAAUAUUCCUAGGUAUAUAUAUUUUUUAACGAACUUAACUUAUCGAUUCGCGUACCUCUACCUUUUACCUACUACUAUUUAUUUUCACCGUGUCUUUGAUCGCGAUCGACGACGACGAAGCGAAAGAAAGGGAGGGGGGUUUAGCGAAAAGGGAGAACAAAGAGGAGAAGGCAAAAUGGCGAAGUGGAUUUCGUUUCUUGUAUACAUAUGUAAAGAAGACAGGCACUCUUCAACAGUUUACUACACACACACGUAUACACACUGCGAUACACAAACAAAAAAACAUAUACUCUUUAAUGCGGAGAUUCUUUCGUCACAUAUCAAACGCCGCGAUGCCACUCCGGGACGUAUCCGCGGUGCACUUAUGAAAAUUGUGAGAACUUAUUGUCUCGGAAGAAGAAUCUCUGAAAAAGAGUCUUAUUAGAAAAAAAACAAAAAAAACAAAAAAAACGUAUACAUAUCGAGCUUGAGCUUUCCGAAACUGUUCAUACAUACAAUUGAAGGAGCAAUCUCUUAAAAAUGUUAGCUUUAUGCAGGAAUCAAGCUCAUCAAUUAAUAUGUGCUUUAGCGGCGCGGUGCGAACCUUGGUGGUGGCUCCGACAAGGGAAGUUGCGUAUAUAUUCUACACACCGAAACGAAACACGAGCGAAGCGAAGAUGAGUACAUCAAGCUUAAUACCAAAGGUGCCCUAAGAAGCGUAUAUUUAUGUUUUAUCAUUGGCGCGUUGCGCGAAACACGAGCGCGCGCACAUUUAACUAUUGUAUCUUGUUAAGGAGAGUCUAGUGUCCUAGGCGAGGAUGUGAGGAUGAUGAAAGAGAGAAAGAGAGAGAGAGAGAGAGAGUGUGUGUGUGUGUGAGAGAGAGAGAGAGAGAGAGUAU